GGCCGGGUGAGUCAGCGCCGUGCCGGGGGGGCGCCGGGGCGGGCAGGACCCGCCCGGCCCUACAAAACCCCGCCCGGGCUGCCGCGGGCCCCAGCUGCUGCCAGAGCCGCCCGAGUCGCCGCUAGAGCCGCCCUGCCCGCCCCAGCCAGCAUUCUUUCAAGAUGUCCACUGUUCAUGAAAUUUUAAGCAAGCUCAGCCUUGAAGGAGAUCAUUCUCUCCCCCCAAGUGCCUAUGCCACAGUGAAGGCCUACUCCAACUUCGAUGCUGACCGGGACGCUGCGGCCCUGGAAACGGCCAUCAAGACCAAAGGUGUGGAUGAGGUCACCAUCAUCAACAUCCUGACAAACCGCAGCAAUGAGCAGAGGCAGGACAUUGCUUUUGCCUAUCAGAGGAGAACAAAAAAGGAACUUUCUGCAGCACUCAAGUCUGCUCUCUCAGGUCAUUUGGAGGCAGUGAUCUUGGGCUUGCUGAAGACACCAGCACAGUAUGAUGCCUCUGAACUGAAAGCUGCCAUGAAGGGGCUGGGAACAGAUGAAGACACCCUCAUUGAAAUCAUCUGCUCCCGAACAAACCAGGAGCUCAGUGAAAUCAACAGGGUCUACAGGGAAAUGUACAAGACAGAGCUGGAAAAGGACAUCAUAUCAGACACAUCCGGUGACUUCCGCAAGCUAAUGGUUGCCCUGGCCAAGGGCAAAAGGUGUGAAGAUACCUCUGUGAUUGAUUAUGAGCUGAUUGACCAAGAUGCCAGGGACCUCUAUGAUGCUGGUGUGAAGAGAAAGGGAACUGAUGUUCCCAAGUGGAUCAAUAUUAUGACUGAAAGAAGUGUUCCCCACCUGCAGAAAGUGUUUGAGAGGUACAAGAGCUACAGCCCAUAUGAUAUGUUGGAGAGCAUCAAGAAGGAGGUUAAGGGAGAUUUGGAGAAUGCCUUCCUUAAUCUUGUCCAGUGCAUUCAGAACAAGCAGCUGUAUUUUGCAGACAGACUGUAUGAUUCCAUGAAGGGCAAGGGAACCCGGGACAAGGUCCUGAUCAGGAUCAUGGUAUCCCGCUGUGAGGUUGACAUGCUGAAAAUCAAGAGUGAAUUCAAGAGGAAAUAUGGAAAAUCUCUCUAUUAUUUCAUCCAGCAAGACACAAUUUCUGAUUUUUCCUUUUAAUGUCUAGUGGUCCAUGGCAAUUAGCAUAGAUUUGGCUUUGAAAAAACACUAUUAAAACAUUCCAAAUGGAGCGCUGAAAAAUAAAAAUAAAUGUAAACUGCAGUCUUUAAUCGUGUGGCCAUCACUGUGCACACAAAUAAUCUGUAGGAAGUUAGUGGUUUUCUAGAACUGACCUCUAUUUUUCUUGUAUUUGGUUGCUGAAACAUAGAAGUAUUUCUCUUAAUUAAGACAAAUUAUUCUGAUAUUUUCCAUAGGCACAAUUUCUGAAGGCGAUAUAGCAUUAAUUUUUCCAGAUAUUUGUCUUGUCUUAUAGAAGGUGUUUCAUCAUUCUGAGAGAAGCUCCCUGUGUAGCUGCCAAUGAAGCUUCACAAACAUUUAAAUCCCCUACUGGAGGGGAGAUGGACUUAACUGUGAGUCAACAUACUUUUUAAACCUCUCUCCAAAAAAAAGAACACCAAAAAAAAAAAAAACAAACAGAAAAACCCCACCCACAACUAUUUUUAAUCAACUCUGCUCCUGAGUAUGAUUAACAGGAAGAUUUCUCUUACAGCAUUACAAGGAAUAAUUAAGCUGUAAAUGUAGUCUCUGUUUGCCAAGUGGGAAACAAUAUUUUUACCACAGGCUUCCCCAACCUCAACUUUAUCUAUCUAGAUAAACAUAAUUAAAUAGUGGAUGAUGGUUUGUUAGCAUUUUAUUAUAUGUGUUUGCAAGGGCAUUAAGAAUAAUCAUAAAAUGCACAACAAAUGUUAUAGGUAUUGAGGUUUUCAGCAGUAGAAUACGUGACUUUUUAAAAUCUGCACUGGAAACAUGUACUCCAACAAAUUAACUUAUUCCUCUAUGCAGAACAACCACUGAGAUGCUGCUGUCUUGGUUGAUUUACAUACACUAAUUGCUAGUUCCUAUUAAGCACUGAGUGGUCACCUGCUCAAUAAUAUAAAUAGAUUCAUAUUUUCAGUUAGCAGUUAUUCACAAGUAGUAUGAAACACUAAAUUUGCUUUAGAUUUUAGCAAUGGAAUCAGAUUUUUCCUUUUGUUAAGGAUCCUGUUUGCUGCUUUGCUAUUCAAAUGAAAUAAUAACCUAGUGAAGCUGUCAAAAUUGGCAUUAUUUUGUAUGUGUAUAUUAUGUAAAUGUAUGUGUAUGUAUAUGGUUAUAUAAUGCUGAAAAUUUCAAAUAGAGAUGGAAUUUUUUUUCCUGCACUUUGGUGAAAUCACAUGAUCUAAAUGUCUGUACCUGAGUCAUUUAUCUGGCUGAACCUUGAAAGUGAAUAGAAUUUUCUACAGACAGAACCUACAGGAACAAUUCAUAUUUACAGCUCCAUUAGCUCAAAGGAAGAUCUGACCUGGCAUGUGUAAAAUUCCUCACAGCUGAACUUUCCCCAGAAUCCAUUGAACAUCUUAGGUUAGUGGCUCAUCUGUACCUGAAUCACUGCACAGCUGACAAACCAGGAGACAAGAGGCUGGCAGAGGGACCUUGCUGAAAAUGCUCAUCAAAGUGGCAUAACCUGUCUGGCCUUCCCAACAGCGCCACAGCAAAUCCUCAGAACUGCCUUGGCCUUCACAGCCAGGGAGUGGAAGCACAGCCAGACCCUUCUACUUCUGACUGGCUUACUCCAGUAGAUGUUACAUUCAGCUGAGGCCUUUCUGUGGGAUGACUUUGGGCCCUAUUUGCCCAAGAGGUGUCCCCAAUUACUUGUGGUAAAAACCCUUCAGUUUUCCAGCACACUGACACUUUCUGAAGCACCUGGCUCUUUUACUCUCUGCUAGGUUUGGUAAAAACACUUCAAGUCCAGGACACACAACCAUUGGAGAUCUGAGUGCAACUUCUGGUUCAUGCUGAAGAAACAUAGAGGAAUUCCAUAUGCUGCCUUAGUGAUAGUGUGGAGGGACUGUUCUGGGAAAAACAAGUUCCUCAGUUUUGGUGAUUCAGUUCUCUACCAGACUUCUGAAGAUAGUUUUAUUUUGGGUUGUUUGUUCUGUUAUAACAACACUUGCCACUUUAAAAUGUCCUGAUUUUUCAAAACUAAAAUACCACAACCACCACAGCGCCUUUUUUUACAGAAUUCUUGAUUCUCUACAUAGGUAAUUUAAUUUUCUAGAAAAUGAAAAAAACUAGCAAGAGAAAGAGGUUUUUUACCUCUGUUUAAUUGUGUUUUGAGAGGAGUAUGUUCAAAGACAAGAGGACCUUGGUGCUCUUGCUGAAGGUAUGAGUAUAUAACAUAGGAUGGAAAGAAGCAUCAAUAGCCUGCCAUAGGAAGGUGACAAAUACAGACCUUAGAAAAUGCUUUUAAAGUCAAUCAUUACUUCUGUUAUGCCAUUGAAGAGGCAUGGAACUGCCACUACUGGAAUUUCAAAUGAAACCUCCAUCUACUCCUGGAAGCUACUGAUUUUCAGUCUUAUGUGCAGCCUAAGGUCCUGAAUUCUGCUUGUGCUGUGUUUCUACUGAUCCCACUGAGGACACACUGGAAUGCAAGAGGCCAUAAUUCAGGAGGAAGUGCAAAGGACAGAAGCACUCCGAAUUUAGGACAUUAUUGUUGAGUAUUUCUGCAUGGUUUUGAUGAUAAAUAUUGUCCUGCAUAAAGCAAAAUAGUUGAUAAUUCAAUCUGAUGGACAUAAUUAGGUCUUUUUACUCUAUGUGUGUGUCUUUCUAACAGUUAUUUGUUCAUUACAGUGAUACUUCUAAUGUUUAUUACUAAUAAUUAUUAGCUUGAACAGCAUUUCAUCCCAAAAAGGUGUGUAAAAGUGCAUUGAUGUUGUCCUUUUGAAAUGCUUAUCUGAUAGGGUAAAGGCUAUAAAUCAUUCCUGUGAGCCAAAAUACAAUUUGCUACUGUCAGAAGGCAAGUUAACAGUAUUACAACUUUGUUGAAAUUUGAAUGCAUUCCACAUUCAAUUUUUUUUAAUAAGAACUGUAAAUAACAUGCCAUUUUGAAGUAUAAUAAAUGAUCCUUUCCAAAGCCUAAUGAUAGCUUACUUUAGUUAUAGCCAUUCUUUUAUAGCAAUAGACAGCUUUAAAAAAUUAUUCUUGCCACAUACACAUAAUUUUAAGGAGCUGGCAUAAAGUUUUGGAGUUAGUCCAUUCAUUUAAUUUACACAGGUAUAGUAAGUACUAGGAGUAUCUUGGAUGACUUAAUCUCAUCUUAUCCAGAAAGCUGCCUUAUCUUCUGGGUUUUGCACAUAGUAUUUUCUUCCCAUAUUUCAUAUGCUGGAGAUUUCCCUUCUACUUAGGGUAUUGCUUUUCCAUUGAUCAAACUCAUCAAUCAGAGGCUAAAGAUUUAGUGUGCCUCUGAUCUGGCAUGUUUAAAAAAAAUAAAAUUAAAAAAUUAAGGAAGUAUCUAUUAAAAAUUUCCUCUGAAUUAGCUAUCUCUGAAGAAUAUAUUUUCCAGAUAUUAACUGGAAUCCUAAAGAGUAAUACUUUUUGGUUUUUUUAAAUGAAGUAGAGCACCAAUUCCAAAUUAAUCACUCAGAUUUGGAAGUUGCAAAUUUAAAAAACCAGCAAGAUUUAUUAUAUCACUGAGAUGUCAAAAUAAUGCAGCAUAUUAUUAGCAUUAACUACAGUGUUAUAGUAUUCUUUACCUACAAAAUAGCUGAUAGCUUUUUCAAUUGAACUAAGCUUCAGAUGUUCUGGAAAAAAAGUAGAGAAGAAAAACCAAGCUGCCUUCAAAGAAAUACAUGUAUUUUUUUGGCUGUGAUUUUGUUGCUUGAAAGCAAAAAGACAAAAAUUACUACACAUAGUAAUGCAUGAUGAAAAGAAAUGAUAGCAUAAACUUCAGUUGGAAACCACAACUAUCUGGUGUGGAAGAAGAACACAAAUAUUUUUUUACUAUAAUGUUUUGACCGCUUGUUGGUCCUGCUCUUACUACAGAUAGCAAUGCCCCAUGACCACAAUAUGUGAACACAUUAUAUGGAGACUAUAGCCAUGGAAAACUCUCCAACUGGAAUUGUGUCUGAGGAAAAAAAGAAUGAAAAUUAAUUGUUUUGAAUGGGUAUUUUUUUUCCUUCAAAUUUUGCUGGUGGGCACAUUUAUUCUUAAAGAGAAAGAUGUGACCACCUUGCUUCCCACCUUUGUUCUACAGGUCAGUGAUCAGCUGGCACAACCUUUAUUGUCCUUUCUGCUCCACUUUAUUUUUUACAAAGUGUAAAUUUCAUGGUAGUUGAAAAGAUGAAAAGCUGUUUCUGGAAUAAACAGCAACACAAACCAGCCAAUUCUGCACAGCAUAAUGGGAUUUUAAUGUAUUCCUCUUGUUGGCAUAGUGUAUUUCUGUGAUAAUUUUAUGUGACAGCAUAAUUAAACUGGAAAACAAUUCCCAUUUCCUAUGUAUUUUAUCUAUUUAUCAUAAUUUAUUUCUUUACUUUCUCGCUCUGCUAUAAAUAUUAUUGUAAGGAGAGUUAAAUAAGUUAAACCAAUGCAAUUACUUCUACAGAUUGAAAUUAACUUCAUAUAUCAAUUUAUACUAGUUUGUAUACAGCACCUACUAUUUGCCCUGUACAAAUAAAUGCAUUUGUUGCAGUAUA